GGAAUAUCUGUAGAUCUCCAAUAGCUGAAGCUGUUUUCCGAGAUGAAGUAAUGUUCAAAGGAUUGGAAGACCAGUGGGUGGUAGACAGUGCUGGGACAUCUGACUGGAAUAUUGGGAGUUCUCCUGAUUCCAGAGGUAUAGAUUGCUUACAUCGUUAUGGCAAGUCUUCUAACCACAUAGCCAGGCAGUGGCUAAUAGACAGCUGUGGUAUUGGACAUUGGCAUAUUGGUGAGAAACCAGACAAGAGAGCAAGAGAGUGUUUAAAACAACACAAACUUGAGACUUACCAUCGUGGUAGACAGCUGGAGAAAGCAGACUUCAGCAAAUUCCAAUACAUCCUAGGAAUGGACGAAAAUAAUAUAAAAGAAAUAAAGAAAAAAAUGCCCAAGGACAGCACAGCAACAGUGAAACUUUUAGGGGAAUAUGACCCAGAAAAACAGCUGAUUAUAGUGGACCCAUACUAUGGAGGGGAAGAUGGCUUUGAGAGAGUAUAUCAGCAGGUGUUGAGAUGUUGUAAAGCUUUUCUAGAAGAGGCCAUGGCAGCCUAGAAGAGUGAUACACAUGGUGGCUUUAAGAGGGUAUACACUGUAUCAGCAGGUUUCUGGAGGUCAUAAAGCUGUUCUAAAAAAAGGCAUAUAGCAGCCUAGAAGAGUGAUACACAUGAAUCAGCAACUGUGAUGCUUGUGGUAGCUCAGAGAAAGCUUGAUCCAAUUCUGUAUAGCUGAAACCAAUAAUUCCUGCUUUUAAAGGAAAAAGAAGAAAUUUUCUUUGGUUUUGAGGUAAUUGAGCAAAAGUUCAAGGACAAGAUUAUAAAGAUCAUGCAUUUUAAAUAAUGGUGUACCGUUUCACAUUAAAGAAGAACGAUUCUUAUAUAGUUGAAUCAAAUUUGUGCAUUGCAUAUUGUCCUUUUUGCUUCUUUCUUGUUGCUUUUACUGUUUAAUAAAGUUAUCAUUUACAAGUUUUGCCUGCCAAAACGAAUAUUCUUCAAAGAAAAUUUUUUGUCCUACUCGCAUAUCAUGGCUCAAUUAACUUUUAUUUAAGGAGUUUUUCAUCUUUAAGGUCUGGAUGGAAAAUAUAAAAAGUUUUGUAGGAUAAAGAAAUUAUGUGGGCAAAAACCCUUACCAUUUUAAUAUAUUUCAUUUUAUAUUUUCUCCUUCACAUAAACCUUGUUCAUAUAUAUAUUAUUGCAACUAAU